AGUUUUGUAAACAACACAAUUGCGAUGAGAAUUCGGAAGAGGCAAAGGAAUCAUUUGAAAGAUUUCUUUCAGCUGCUUUUUUUCUCUAUCACACUCAUCCCCAAGCAAUUUAUACUAGUUCUAAAGAUUUGGAAUUAAACCUUGACAAGUUAGAUAUUCAGAAGGGCUUUCAAACUGAAAGUUCCGCCCAAAUUAACAAAGUUGCUGGUUUAACCGAACAAUUAUCUCUUUUUACAGAAACGGAACAAAACAACAUGUUCUCCCUUCCUCAAACGGAACAAGAACUAAGGCAACAAAAAUCAGUUAGAUUAGCUAAAAAAGAAAAGGA